CUGGUAACCGAAGGCUCGCUGGGAAGUAGAGUCUCGUCACUGCAUCUCCCAUUUUCCACAGAAUCGCGAGAUUUACAUAGGCGGGUUGGUGUGUGGCAGCAUUUCUCUGCCAGACGAACUGAACAAUACUGAUAUGAAAUCUGCGUAAAGUAGCCUUUGACUUUCUGGAGGCAUGUCCAAGAAAAGGGGCAGAAAGCGGAGUAGCGGGGAGCUGAGUGACACAUUGACCCCAGAUCCCAACAGCAUUCUGGGAGUCCGCAUUCAGCAUAACUGGCGCGAGAAGGGGAACCAGAGCAAAUGGAAGGGAACAGUACUCGACAGGCUUAGUGUGAACCCUUCUCUCUUCAUGGUGAAGUAUGACGGCUUUGACUGCGUCUAUGGCAUCGAGCUGUUUAAGGACGAUAGAGUGUCGAACCUGCAGGUCCUGUCGGAAAAAGUUGUAAACAACAAGAUCAAGAUGCCUCCAGGGGCGGAGGAGCUGGUGGGCAAAGCUGUGGAGCAUCUGUUUGAAAAGGAGGAUGGAGAGAAGAACGAGUGGAGAGGCAUGGUCCUCUCUAGAGCUCCAAUCAUGACCAACUGGUAUUAUAUCACUUAUGAAAAGGACCCCGUGCUUUAUAUGUACCAGCUGUGGGACGACUAUGCUGACGGAGACCUCAGGAUUCUGCCUGAAGCAGAAAACAAACACCUGUUGCCUGCAGACAGGAAGCCCGGAGAAGAGACAGAGAGUCUGGUGGGGAAACAGGUGGAGUAUGUUACUGACAAGGGUGUGAAGAGAACAGGCCUGGUCAUCUACCAGGUCCCAGCCAAGCCCUCUGUCUACUAUAUCAAAUAUGAUGAUGACUUUCAUAUCCAUGUCUAUGACCUGGUGAAAACCACCUAGAGAUACCAUAGUGGACACUUUAUCUCCCUCUCUCCAGCCCCCCCCCCUCCAUCUGCUUCUGUUCCACUCAUUGUUAUAAUCUGUUAUCCAAAGCCAUGCAGGGUUGAAUAGUUAUAUGCUUUAUUGUUCAGAAGAAAGUGCAAUCUGUUUUUCAUAUGCACAGCAGAACUGUAGCACCGCUAUACUUGGCUAUUUCGAGCAGAUGGGAGUUUUUUUUUGCUGCUUUACUUUAUACUUUAAGUUUGGACAGUCCAAGAUUGCACUGCCCAACAAUGACAAAGGGCAGUUGUUACUGCAUUUGUAUUGUUGUCCUUGAUAUACUUGUUGAUCAGUCCUUAAAGUUAUUAUCUUAAUUAAAUCCCAGUAUGACUAAAAAAGCUGCUCAAAAUGUUCUUUUAAAGACACUUUUCUUUGGAUCAUCUAAACAGCUAGUAAGUAGAGCUGCACGAUAUGGGGAAAAUAUCUAAUUGUGAUUAUUUUAAAUUAUAUUGCAACUCACAAUGGAGUAAUGGAGAGAAUGAGGGAAUGAUCAUUUUUGCAUCAUUAUUCUUAUUUUCAUUGAAGAAUAUAAAAAUAAUUACCAUUGUGUGAUUUAUGCAAGGAUCUGUACCAAACAGAUUUAGAACACGACAUCCCUGCAGCACCACAAUACUUAUUUCAGAAUGGUAUUUUGAAUUUAUUUUUUGCCUUUAAUAAAUAUUACGCCCCCCCCCCCCUGCGAUUUGGAUAUUGCACAAAUCAAUAUUGCGAUUUUCAUAACAUUUUUGAUUGUUUAUUUAUUAAUUUUGUGCAGCCUACUAGGAAACAUAUGCAUUUAUUGCAUUACAUGGGCAGAUAAAUUUGUGUAUUGUAUUUAUCUAACCAUAUUUUAUCAAAUGCAGUGUUAGUACUGGAAGGAAGGAAGGAAUGAAAGCAGAAUUGCAAAAUCACCUGAAUGGGGGCCCUUAUAUUUACAAAAGCCUUAAAUAAAUACUGCUCAUGUGGAAAUAUAGUCCUGCACCUUUGCACCAUAUUUAGCAUUGUGUAAGAUCCUUUGCAGUGGUGAUGAAGAUGCAGUUUGCUAAAUUCUUAUUUAAAUCUGAUCCCACACAAAUCAUAAAGUGCCUUCCGGCUUGUCACUUUUGCAAUAUUGUACAUACCGUUUCUCCGACUGUCUACGCUCUUACUGAAUCCUUGCGUAUAAAGGCUGCUUUUUUUGGUUUUCAUUCAGAAGUGGUGACACUGACAGCUUGAGGAAAGUUUUGCAACCAUUAGUUUAAAUAUUAGUGCUGGGUUUUGCUCUUAAUGCAGUAUAAAAAUGUUCUUUAAACAUUACACACAUCAUUGGUUGUAUAAGCUUACUGUUGAUCUUGUGGGGAGCACUUUAAUGUAUAAAGUUUACAUGUUUAUGGUACGCUAUAUAGUUUCCCCCAAAAUGCUUUUUCCUGAAGAGCAAAUGUGGCAGAAUACAUGCUUUAUAUCAUACGCAUGAAGA